AGAUGGUGUGUGUUAUGUGCGUGUGCCUGCCUCCUGAGUGUGUGAGACGAGCUGGGAUCAUGAGCCAGGGUUGUUCCAAGUGGUUUUAAUCAGCAGCCCAUUAGAGGAGAACGGAAAACUUCAAACAGGGUAAGAACCGAGUUGUUCCAGUAACUCCAUGGGAAGGUGUUCCCCAAACUUCUGCUCCUCUGGAACUUGUGACUUCUUGCCUGGCAUCAGGAAAACACUCAGCAGGAGAAAUGGGAAAAUUCAUGCUAGUUUUGGGUAAAGCGUGUCUCUGACGCUUUUUACCCUGGCAAGACGUGGCUGCUUGGACUGCAACUGCAAUGUGGCAAAGGGCAGAGUGAGGUGGGCGAAGAGGCCAUGGUGUGUGGGCAAGUCCCCAGAUGCCGCAGGCUUUGUCGCCCUCGUCCCUUCCUGCUGGCCUUAGUGGUGGCCCUCUGUCUGUUCUGCCAGACCCUGACUCCUCUCAUGACCAGCAGCAUCCUUUCGGCAGUUGUUAAUGGGAUUGCACCCAACAAACUGGCUAAAACACAGCGAGGAAGAUACAAGGAGGUCUCCCCAAGCACCAUUCACUGCUUCCUCCCUGGCAGCAAUUCAGAGACAGUGAAAAAGAUCGAUGCCUCCAUUCUCCAGUACUUUGGAAGCCACACGAGAAGAGCAGUUCUGUAUGCGCCUCCUGCUCACCAUGAAACUGACCGUCAGCUCUGUCAGCGCAUCCUGGCAAAACAUGGAUAUACCGUCACAGUCCUUGGAAACAGGGGACUUGUGGAGGAGCUGAGGCAUGAGGGCCCUUAUCACAGUGGUAUGAACCCUUGGGAUCUUUUCAUCUGCUUAUCUUCCAGAAAAAAUGGUGGUACUGGCUGCUUUCAAACAGAAGAUUUGCAUAAUCUAGAGCUUUUCCAGAAGGUAAACCUACUUCCAGAAAUCCAGCAUUUUCUUUGCAGAAAAGAGGGAUUAUGCCAGAUAGCAGAAGCCUUUUCAGACCUGCAGCUCCCACUUGUGACCCCAGACUGUUCUGGCCAGCCUGGACUGUCAAGGGCCAGCACCACACGAAAUGUGUCCCAGGGCGGCGCAGUCACUGAGCAGGCACGUGCCUCCCAUCUGCAGCGCUGGUGGAAGCAGAGCAUGAGCACAAAGCUGAAUCAAGUAUCAACAUCAGACCACAAGGAUGUCCUUAAAGCUCAGGACUUUUCUGUAAUCAUCAAAGCAUAUGUGCUUGUGACAUCCUUAACACCUCUGCGGGCAUUCAUUCAUUCAACCACCACUGUCUGGCAUCCACCCAAGAAGAAGCAUUUUACCAUAAAGCUGCAAAGGUUUUUUGAGAUAUUCUUCAGAAACAGUUCUCCCCAACAAGCCUUCAACAACAUGAAGGAGGCUAUAAACAAACUUCUACUUAUAACUGAGGUCUUCAGCAAAUCAUCUGCCUCAGGACCAAAUUCUUUCAAUCAAUGCAGCCAAUGUUUUCAGAUGCUUACCUUUGACAUUGGAUUUGGCAUGUCCAUACACCCAGUAGUUCUAAAGGUGCAUGAAAACUUUGACUUCCAAGCUGACAAUGAAUCGACUACUCAGGACCAAAUUUCCAAAGAACUUCUUUUUGAAGAUACAUUUAAAUUUCUCUUAUCUAAUGAAUCCUCAACAUCCAGUUUCAUAGAAGCUUUGCAAAAAAUAUAUGAAUCAUCUGUGAGCAAGGAUGGAACAGACAACAGAGAAGCUGAGCAAUGUUUCUCUUUGGAAGAAAUAAAUUCAAUGACUACUUUCAUAAAGGAGCUGAAGAGUCUUGGACAAUUUGAGCUGCUUUUCCCUUCUUCUGCACCCAAGAUCCAAAUGCUGCUGCGCGACCUCUAUCAAAUGCUAGACCCAAUGAGGCGGCUUAGUUCAGUCCUGACUGUCCACUGGUUGCUGUCCAGUGUCCUUCAACAGUUCCAGUUCAUGAAUAAAGAGGCACAAACAAAUCUUUCAGAGUGGCAACUUUCUCAAGAAAAUAUGAGUCGUAAGCAGAAUGUUCCUUCUGACUUCAAGAAGAAUCAUGAAGCAUUGCAUUAUUCCAGUAGGACUGGAGAAAGAAAAUGCAGUUAUGAUAAAGAUACCCUAUCUCAUAUCAGACAGAUCUUCACCAGUCCACAGCUGGACCUGAAUCCUCAGUUUAACCCAAAGAUCAGAGAAUACUAUGCAGAAGUGCCAUUUGACAUGGUGACAGUGAAGAUAGGAGCAGAACCCUCUAACUGUCAAUGCCAUGUACACCUCGACAACAAGAAGGGGCCAAGCAUUGCUAACUACCCCCUUGGCCUUGGCUUGAACAAAGUCAUCAUUCUCUUAACGGAUGAUUCUCAGCCCAGCCCUGAAAUUGUGGGCAGCUACAGAAUCACAAUUUAUCGCGAGGACCGCCCCAGCCUCCCUUUGUUUGAUGACUACAUGAUGUGUGGCUUUGUGCAGGACUGUGGUUCCAAAAUUCGCCCAGAGGAGUCCUGUGGCUUGCAGCCUCUUUCUCAUGAAUACCUCUCAGCCAUUUCACAGACAGUGUUUAAGACCUGUGAAGCUGGAGACACAAAAGGGCAGUGGAUUGUCCCCUGCCUGAGCUGCUCUGACAACAGGACCUGUGACUGGAGAGCAAUAACGUGGCAGCCCCACGGCUGCCGACACUCUGUGCUGGCCAAGCCCGAGCUCCAGCGCUGCGUGGAGGGCAGAAGGAUUCUUUUUAUAGGUGACUCAACUAACAGAGGGAUGAUGUAUUAUCUGAUUGAAAGAGUGAAUAAGACUCUUCAGGAAUGGCAGAAGACUCAUGAUGUUAAAUGUUAUCACAAUAUCAAUGAGGGUAAAACAUUUAUCAGUUACUCCUACUACCCCCAGUUCUGGAUGAAUGCAAACCAGAGACCGACUUUUGAAAAAGCACUGGAACAGCUGCUGCAGAGAUCACGUCCCCUGGAGAACACAGACCAGACUGUAUUAAUUGUAGGUGGUGUUCAGUGGCUUAAUUCCAAUCACCUGCAAAUUAUCCAAAAGGUGUUGAGCAGGGAAAAUCUAUCAAAUAUCCUGGUAAUUGUCAAAUCCAUAGGGAUGGGCUUUCACCUUCCAGUGGAUGGAAUCCAUUCUCUGUCUCAGGCAGAAGUGCAAAACUUGUGGAAUGAAAACUUGAUUAUUCUGGAUACAGCAAAAAAUUUGGGCUAUGAAGUGGUUGACACCUUUGUCAUCACCAUGGGACGCUACAAAGAAUUCCUGCAAGGGAAGUGUGGCUGCCAUUUCCAUGAGGUGGUGAAAUCCAAUCCCUCUGAAGAAAGGCCACACAUAACAAUGACGUUAUCGGGGCACUAUACGCUGGGGAAAUAUUUCGGCAGUCAAAGCACAGCAUCACAACUGCGGGACUAUGCAAAAAAUUCUCAGUCCCCCUAUCAUGUCCGAGGUCCAAUAAAUCAAGUUUAUUCUGAAAUCCUUCUCAGCAGGCUCUGUGCACAUAAGAGGGAGUUUGUCAGCGCAUAGCCUCUCUUGGAUGUAGCACCGAGACUAGAGAAGUGCCACUGCCUGAGGGACAAUUGAAGGAGCAUGGUGGAUUAAGAUAUGCUUCCUCAACUGACUGCAUACACACAAAGAGAAUUUGGGACAUGUGGUAUUUUCCCAAAAACCUUGUGAAAUUAAGAUAUGCCCUGGUGACUCUUUUGUGUGAAAGUGGAAGAGGGAGGGUUGCAAAGGAGAGAAGAGGGGAAGUUACUUGAACUGUUGCCAAAGACUAGAACAGCUGUACUUCAAGCAAGUGUGUAUUAUUGAUAGCAAAAAGAGACCUAUAUAUUCACUUGAACAUUUGGAAAGGGCUGCUUUAGGUC